AUGUCGGAACUUGAAAAAUUAUACUACGAUCCCGCGCAUUACGCCGGCUUCUCAGCAGUGGAAAAUCUGACACGUGCCGCUAAGCCGAAUUUCACACGUAACAAUGUCGCUCGCUGGCUGGAAUCGCAAGAUGCGUACUCGCUGCACCGUCCACUGCGCCGAAAGUUUCCUCGACUGCAUUACAACGUAACGAAUAUCGACGAUGUGUGGGAGGGCGAUUUGAUUGAGGUGCGAAAUCUUAAAAGUUAUAAUGACGGAUAUUCUUAUAUUCUCAUGAUUAUCGAUGUACUCAGUAAAUUCGUUUGGGUGGAACCAUUACGUGACAAAACGAGCAUAUGCGUGACAAAAGCUUUUCAGCGUGUACUCGCGAGAAGCAAAGGACGAAUACCUAUAUACUUGCAAACUGACAAGGGUAAAGAAUUUGUCGGGCGUGCGACGCAAAAGUUUUUGGAAGAAAACGAUAUUCGUUUUAGAGAUAUUGUGCGUGCGUACAAUCACACUCGUCAUUCGGUCACCAAAAUGCAACCAACGGUUGUAACGAGAGAAAAUGCUCGUAUCGCGCGUGAAAAUAUAACUCGACGGUGGAAAGACGUUAACAAAAUUAAGAAUGCUAAAUACCAUGCUGGCGAUCUCGUCCGCGUCAGUAGAGCGAAAGGCACCUUCGAGAAAGAAUACGAGGCGAAUUGGACCGAGGAGAUAUUUCGAAUUCAUCGUGUUCUUGAAUGGCGAAAACCUCGUGUGUACGAAUUAAGCGAUUUAAUGGGGGAGGUCAUAGACGGGAUCUUUUACGAACAAGAAUUAGCUCGAAUCGAGAAAAACCUGCAGGAGGAAGAAUAUAUUGUGGAUCGCGUGAUAAGGAGUAAAGGACGUGGUGCUAAUAGGCAACUGCUAGUUAGCUGGCGCGGAUAUCCUAGCAAAUUCGACUCUUGGAUCCCAGCUUCGAGUUUAUCGAAUCUCCGAGAUGACGGCAACGGACCAAUUUCACAUGAUUCUUCCAAGCAAUAG